UCUUUGGAAAAAAUGCGAGAAAGAGAGAGAGAGAAAGGGAGGAGGAGAAGAGGGUGAGCUAAGGGAGGGGGGAAACGGCGUAUGCUUGUAUACAACAACCCUGAUUUCCAUUUUUUCCCCCAACUCGUAAUGUAUUUAAUUCAAGUGAAACGUAAUCAUGACGUGUCGUGUCAUUAAUCCGCCCGCCGCCUCUCCCAGCACUAAAGGAGGCCCCCUCUGCCAAGAAACUGAAGCAUGGCAUAGCAUUACACAUACUACUGAGAAUGGAUUCUCCUCCUGAGUGUGUGUUGGCUCUGUCCUGUGAGCCACCCCAGUCACCCCCUACACUACCAUCUCUGGACCACAGUCCCCUGGCCUCCCUUCACUCUCGCUCCCAACUCUCCCCUCUACACAGCCCCCUGGACCUGCCUGUCCCCCUCAGUCCCACAGCCCUGUCCAACACCCCGACCUCCGACACCCCAGACACCACCCCCUACUCCCCCCUCUCCCCCUUCCCGUUCAACCACCACAAUGAGGAUGAGGAGGAUGAAGAGAGGCUGUCAGUCCCUCCGUCCCCCACCCCAGCCAUCGCUCUCUUCCCGGGGGGUCUUCUGGAGGUGUGUAGCCCCUCUUUGGAGAGCUAUCCUCCGGCCACUCCGACAUCGUCAGCUCCUCUCCCAGGUUUCGGGGCCCUGGAGCUGGCUCUGUCCUCCGGGCAGCAGGGUGCCACCUGUAGUGAUGAGCUGGACCUCCAGCUCUUCCAUAAGGAUGGGGGGAGUCUGUCAGGAUCAAUUCCUGGGAUGGUGGGUGUUUCUGGAGGAGCGGCCGGGCUCAAGUUCCCCUGCUUGGUGUGUGGGAAGAAGUUCCGCUUUCAGAGUAUCCUGUCGCUCCACGCCCGCGCUCACAGUCUGGACCGGGACCGCCGUGCCUCGGCUCUGUACCGGACCGGUACCACGACCGGGAGCAUCAUCGGGACGGGAUCCAAGCCACAUCUCAAGCCCCACCAGAACCACAAUGAUGUCGGGCAGAACCACUACAGCCACCGCCAGAGCCCCUCGCUGUCUGGAUCUCUCACCCAGGGCCUUAGAGGGGAGGACAGGGACGGGGAAGCCCUAGAGGAGGCUCUGCAGAUGGAUCACCAGACCCUCCAGCAGUUCCUGAUGGAUGACAGCACACCGCUGACCUCUCCGCUGACUGAGGAGGUGCCCCACUCACUCUCCCUCACCUCCCCCUACUCCUCCUGCAGCCUGGGUGGCAUGGGUCCCGCCAUCUUGGAAAAAGCUGCCCCAGUCACAGCAGCAGUGCCCGCGUUCCGCUGCCAUGCCUGCAAAGGUAAAUUCCGCACGGCCUUGGAGCUGUCUCGCCACGUCCGGAUCCUCCACAACCCAUACAAGUGCACCCUGUGUCCCUUCUCCGCCAGCCAGGAGGAGCGCCUGGCCGCACACCUCCAGGACUGCCACCCCUCCCUGUCCUCCCUGUCCCUCUCCCCCCCUGUGGACCUCCCCACCCUGCCCCCUUACACCCCCAGACACCCCCCCAUUGUAACCACCACCACAGUCAUCAGCACCCCCAUCCCAGAUGCCCCCCUGCCCACCCCCACUUUCAUCCCCACCCCGACCCCAGCCCCGGCCCCAGGGGCAUCCCCUCUGCCUGCCUUCUGCUGUGAGACGUGCGGCCAGCGCUUCACCCAGUCCUGGUUCCUGAAGGGCCACAUGAGGAAGCACAAGGACUCUCUGGACCACAAGUGUCAGGUGUGCGGCCGUGGCUUCAAGGAGCCCUGGUUCCUCAAGAACCACAUGAAGGUGCACCUCAACAAGCUGGGCCUGAAGGCAGGUCUGGGGGGGCAGAUGGCCCCUGGAGCCGGGGCUGAACAAGGAGGGCCCAAAGGCUCAGUCACCAACCAGGGCCUCAACGCUCUCUACUCCAGCCUCCUGCUGGCUCGUGGUGGGGGCGGAGGUGGAGGUGGAGGUGGAGGGGGGAGAGGGGGACGAGGAAGGGGCGACCGGGACGGUGCCGGUGUCUCUAGUAAAUCCGCCAUCUUAGGCUACCUGGGGUUGCCUAGCGACGGCGGCGCCAGCUGCAUGGAACGACUCCAGGCAGUGGCUCAGGUGGCGGAGAUGGGGAAUGGGAACGGGGGAGGAGGAAACGGAGGAGGAAGAGGAGGUGGAGGAAGAGAGACAACAGACGGCGGAGACCAGAUAGCAAUGUGGCAGUUUGUAGCUCGUAGCCUGGUAGCAGCUCAACAGGCCCAGCAGCAGCAGCACCGAGCCCCAUCCAGGAGCACCGUGGUGGGGGAGUCUGAGCAGGUCAGGGCCUACCUUGGAGGUCUGGAUCCCCGGGAGGAGCUGCCAUCCUCCGGAGCCCCAUGGGAGUGCCCCGACUGUGGGAAGCUGUUCCGGAGCCUGCAGCAGGUGGUGGCGCACGCCCGCGUCCACGUCCAGCGGCCCCAGAAGAGCCACGGUCACCCUCCGCGCCACGCCGGGGGAGGAGAGGAGGAUGGAGGGAGGAGCCGGAGUGUGGAAGGACGAGGAGGAGGGAGAGGAAGUAGUACUGAAAGAAGACAGGAGUCCAAACUUCAAAGUGGAUCUCAGCUUCAGCAUCAACAAGCAGUCGGAGGAGGCUUCCACUCAGUGAUGUCACAGUUCCAAGGAGAGAAUGGUCUGUCUGGCUCUUCGUCAGGCUCUUCGGUGAGCUCUAGGGAGCGUGUGCGAGGCACGGGGGUGAAAGACUGCCCCUAUUGCAGUAAAGCUUUCCGCUCUUCCCAUCACCUUAAAGUGCAUCUGAGAGUUCACACAGGGGAGAGACCGUAUAAAUGUCCCCACUGUGACUACGCUGGCACCCAGUCAGGCUCUCUAAAGUACCACCUCCAGAGGCACCACAGAGAACAGAGGAAUGCCAUGGGAGCCUCUUCAUCCACCGCCUCCUCCCCAGGCCUCACCACCGCCUCCCUGGGCAGAGGGGGCGCUCCACAGGGGGAGGGGAGGGAGGGGAUGGCAAAGCAGCGCCAGCCCCAGAGCCUCAACCACAGCUCGGCCGCCAGAGGCCCGGCGGAGACGCCUUCCUCCAGGCACAAUCAGCACCAGCCCUGGAUCCUGGGCCUCCCCGAGCAGAGAGACAGGGAACACGCGAAGGCCAUGGCGGGACUGAGAGAGGCAGAUCUGGAGAGCCAGUACCGGUACCUAUCCGGGGUGAUGGGGGCUUUGUACCAGGGGGGGAUGGAGGGAGGGUGGACGGGGGAGUCACCAACAUCCACCCCUACCCCACCCCCGCCAAAGGCGCCCAAAGUGUCCCGCCGCAAACCGCUCACCACCAGCCGCAUGGUGCCAGCUAAUGGGAAGGAGAGGAAGGGAGGGGGGUCAGCUCCUCGGGGUUCCCAGGAGGGAGGAUUGUUGUCCCAGCCCCUGGACCUCUCCCGCCGCCCCUCUCCUGGGCUCGGAGGUCUGGAGGAGGACGGAGUACCAGGAGGAGGAGGAGGUGGAGGAGCAGGGGAUACCCUCAACCAGUGCCUAUUCUGUCCCUUCCGCACCUCCUCGGCCGAGCUCAUGGCCAUGCACCUCCAGGUCAACCACACCAGCAAGUCCAGGCGUAAGAGGAGGGCCCCCAACCCCAGCACCCUGCGUGACCACGGGCCCCAGAGGCCCCCCCAGCCCCGGGCUGACCUCAACCCCCUGGCCCUGUGGAGGUACCUGAGCGAUGCCGAAGACAGGGCCCCCCUGGAGGAGUGGGCCUCAUCCAGGAUGGAGAGGGAGAGGGGGACGGAGAAUGGCCUCACACCAGAGGAAGGGGACCUCGAGGGUAGCUACGACCACCAACACCCCCAGGCUUCUAACCGGGCAUCCACCACAACCAGGAACACACAGAGUGGCCUCGCCGGUUGGAGGAAGGUGGAGGAGGAUGAGGAAGAGGAGGAAGAAGAGGAAGAGGAGGAAGGAGAAGAGGAAGAUUUGGAAGGGGAGAGCAGUAGUCCUGGGGAUUCUCCUAGAGAGCAUGGGAUGAGGAUGUCUCUCUCCAUGUCACCUGCCCUCGGCUCUGAGCGUCUAACCAGAGGGGAGGAAGGAGUGAUGGGGGACUAAACAACAACAACAAUGUCAUCCUGCAGAGAGAAGGGAAAAAGGGGUUCAACUAUACAGGAAGGAAGUUGUUUGGGGGUCAAAGGUCAAGUUCAUAUCACUUCUUUUACAUAGUUCAAGGUCAUUGUCAAGGUCAUGACCCCCUGACCCUUGACUUUCAAGGGCCACGGACUGAGAACCAUGUCCAUCGAGAGGAUCAUGUAAACAACAGCUCACACACCUCCUUAGGAACCCCUUUUAAACAUCCUCCAUUUCUAUCUCUCUUCUUUUUAUAGUUACAUCCCGGGAGUUCAGUGCAGUCCUCUCGGUUUUCUCAACCAACCAUAGCCCCCCUUGUACAAAUAGACAGUACAGUGUAGGACUUUUGAGGCCUUCUCUUCUAUAUUCCAGAGUUUCCUGUUUUCCAUUCCAUCUCCUACCAAGAGGGCUAAUUGUGAUGAUUUGAUCGAGAUCGUCCUCUGGCUGCUGUGUCUUAAUAUUAGUAUGUGAGCAAAAAUAAACUGACAUUCUACUAUUCUAGAGAACACAAAAAGGAUUUUAUCAGACCUUAUACUUCAUAUUUUGAGAAUAAUAAUACUUAUAAGAGUAACGUUGCUGAUUAGUUAUACCCCCCACCGCUGUGAAUGGAGGAAGUCUUUAGCAGAACAAGUGUCAAAAGAAGCCAAACUUCAUCCCAACCGCUGUUUAAAUAAGAUACCACUUCUUGACACUUUCAAGGUCAUAUUAUGGUCUGUUCAAGAGCACUGAUUCGGAACCGCGGUUCAACCGGAAGGAAACAUUCAAGCCGUGAACUCAAACUAAGCUAUCUAGCUGUCUGCAAAAAAAAUAAACACAACAGGAGCAACUUUUUAACUGACAACUAUUGACAUGACAAUGAUCAAGGACAAGAUGAUCCUCGACCCUGCUAUCACUGCCUCUCAUUGGUCGGAUGGCUGUUCUGAGGUCACCACAGGAACAGAGGAGCAGUUUGUCAUUUCCUGUUUUCCCUUCAGUUUAGUGCCUGUCUAUGUAUGGUAUGUCGUCAAGGGAGAUCUACAGUAUAGACCAGUGUUUCUGGGCUCUUAUAGGACAAUGAUAUCUGAGUAUACAGUAUAAAGCUAAAGUAUAUAUGUUAAAAAAAAUGGUUCUAGGGUAUUGUGAAUAGAAAGCUGUAGUGGUAUACAAAGUGGUGUGGCUCUGUCUCUCGUUACAAGAGACCGAUAGCAUCUCUCUGUGGCUUCUGUGGGGGAAAAAAGAUAAAGCACUUAGUUGAUGAUGAUAGAUAUACAUAUUAAUCAAAAGAGGUCAGGUGAAAGGUCAAGAAGUGAAAAUGUAGGUUAAAGGUCAGAGGUCAGUGUUUACAGCAGAAAUGCCAGCGUGUUCAGAGUUGGAUGUGGGAUAAGGGUUAUUUCCUACAUUGUCGUGGAACACCAACUGACCACUGAACAAACAGAAACAAAGCAAGACUGUUUGGGGGACACGGGACCGACAGACAGAUGGACGGUGCAUCCCGAACACAAUCAGCUGACACAUCUGGUCAGUGACCAAGACUCCACGACCGUGUCACACUCAUUUCAUUCCUUUUACCAGAUAAAUAAAAUAAAAAACAAGGGGAAGGAAAAAUAGAGGCGAGAAAAGAGUAAGUUACCUCACAGAGCAGGGUGACUUAAGCUGAGAAAGGAAACUGUUUUACUCUUGGGGUAUGCCGUCUUUUAGAUUACUAGAUCUAUUUCUUUUUCAGAGAAGAAGAACAAUAGAAAAGAGUAAGCAUUAAAAAAACUAACAGAUCCAUAGAUACAUUCCGGUAGAAUAUGUGUAGCUUUUGUAAAGACAAGAAGAUAAGAAAAAAUAAGAAAAAAUCACUUAGUUUAUUUUCAUUUCAAGAAGAGAAGCUUACAGAGAAGGUUAUGAAUAUAGGUAAUAAUAAUGACUAUAAGGCUUGUUGUUGUGAGGAAAACACUAGUUGGAAUGUCUGGCUAUCAGGAUUAGGGUCAAUUCCAUUUCAAUUCCAGUCAAUUCAGAAAGUCAACCCAAUUCCACAUUUUCCUCAUUGAAGAGAAUUGGAAUUUCAGGGAACUUCCUGAAUUGACUGGAAUUGAAAUGGAAUUGACCCUAACCCUGCUGUCUAUAAAGAGCACUGUGCAAGGUUUAUAAUUUCCCAAAGUAGUUGUUUUUAUUUUUACUUUAAUUUUUUAUGAAAAUGUAAUGAGUCACAUUCUGUUGGAGGUUAAAGCUGCCGUUUCCUUCCACUCGCCCCGAUCAAUCAAUCGAUUUAGCAAUCAAUCAAUCAAUCAAUCAAUCAAUCAAUCAAUCAGUAAUCCAAUCAAAACAUUAUUCUCUCAUGUUAUUAUUAAGUGCUUGUAUGAGACAAGUUUACAUCAGAACAUAUAAUUUGAUAUCAAAUUAUUAACCUAUACAUACUAUCACAUAUUUGAUCAAUCGAUGUGUACUUUAGUGGAUCAUACCACACAAAGCAUGUUCUACACACAGGGAACAUGCAAAUAUGUUAUCAUUAAAAACAAUCCCUACUUAUGAUUGUAAACAUCACUAAACUAUUUGAUUGGAUAGGUCCUGCCUUCUCGCCCUCCUUGCCCAUUGGUUGACGGCGAGAGCCUGGGAUUGGAACCGCAGCCUUACUUUUGGUUUACGUGUAUUAUGUGUUUUACUUCUAUCCUCAUUAGAGCGCCGUAUAUGAGUUUAGAAGUUCCCUAAGUGGUGUUUCCUUAAAGGCUACAUCCAUAAUUGCACCCUAUUCCCUAUAUAGUGCGCUACUUUUGACCAGGACCAUUGAGCCCCGGUCAAAAGUAGUGCUAUGCACCCUGGUCGAAAGAAGUGUACUAUUUAGGAGAAAGAGUGCCCUUUGGACAUAGCCUGUAGUGUCAAAGCCACCGUGCCUUCUGUGUCAAGCACUUCCUGGAUUUGGUAUUUUCUAAGCUCACCAAAAGCACUUAGCCCACACAUCUCUCUCUCUCUCUCUCUCUCUCUCUCUCUCUCUCUCUCUCUCUCUCUCUCUCUCUCUCUCUCUCUCUCUCUCUCUCUGUCUCUCUCUCUCUCUCUCUCUCUCUCUCUCUCAUUGUCUGUCGCUCCAACUUCCCAGGGGCCAAGUGAUUUGUUUCCUUAUUUUAAACCUUUGUGACCUUCAGAUUUUGUUCUGUCCCCUCCCUCCCCCUUUCAAUCCCUUUAUCCUUUCAUGUGUGUGUACAUCUCUCUCUCUCUUUUCUGCUACCUCCCUUCCGUAACCUCUCUCUCUUCUUCCUCUCUUCUGUAACCUGUUGCUCUCUCUCUCUGUGGCACCAUUAGAAGGUGAUGAUGUGUACUAUCUGGUAUUGAGGCCUUUUAUUCUUAGAUUUGUAUUGUCAAUUUGUGUGAUGUUCGUACUUUCGUUUGUUUAUUUGAUGCCUGAUGAGAUGGAGUAACGUUCUUCUUCUUCUUAUAAUUAUUGUUUUGGCAUUAUUAUGGAGAAGAAAGAAAGAAAAAAAGAAAAAAAAUGUGUUGUUUAAUGUUG